UAAACAUUCAAUUCGUAUUCUGAAUUCUGACUGGCAUCCCAUUUUGGAUUGCAAGGCAACAGCGCCACCUUCUUACCGAAAUCAUUCAUGCAUUACACCUGGUAUAUUGCUCCUCUUUUAGAACGGUUCGAGGCGAAGAUGAAGUUCAACAAACUGAAGUCUUCCUCGAGGAGGAAAAAUAGGAAGGAUUACUUCAAUGCCCCUUCUCAUAUCAGGAGAAAGUACAUGAGUUCUCCUUUGUCCAAGGACCUCCGCACAAAAUAUAAUGUGAGGAGUAUGCCACUCAGAAAGGACGAUGAAGUCCAGAUCGUGCGAGGCCAUUACAAGGGACAACAGGUUGGCAAGGUCAUCCAGGUUUACCGUAAGAAAUAUAUUGUCCAUAUCGAAAGAAUUCAGCGUGAAAAGGCCAAUGGCGCAACAGUGCACGUGGGAAUUCAUCCAAGCAAGGUUGUGAUUGUCAAACUGAAACUGGACAAAGACCGUAAACGUAUUCUCGACAGAAAAGCCAAAUCGAGAAUGGUCGGAGCCGACAAAGGCAAGCACACCGAGGAAUCCAUUCAAGAAAUGGAAACAUAAUAACGAAAUAAAUUUAUGGACAAGAAAAAA